UGUUCUUUGUCUCAGGGAGACAGCCAGGAGUAGUUGAGACCCACAGAGGAAUGUGUUGUGCAUCGUAGUAGAUCUAUCUCUAGUUGAUGAUUUCUGCUGCUAUCAGAGAGUUAUCUGAAGACAUUCCUGGGUUCCUGCAUCAAACACAACUACAAACAUUUCUACACAGGAGGGUGACAUGGACGAGGGCAGUGUGAGGAAGAGGAGGGACAUGUUUAAUGGAGGCCCCGGCCCAACCUCCAAUAUGUCUGCCUCCCACUCCAAGCCUGCUGAGGAGGACGUGAAGGCUACCGUGCUACAGAAGGAUGUGGGCCUUUUGAGUGGGAUCUGUCUGAUCGUAGGAACCAUGAUCGGCUCUGGCAUCUUCAUCUCCCCGAAGGCAGUGCUGCUGGAAACGGGAGCCGUAGGACCAUGUCUGUGUGUCUGGGCCGCCUGCGGGGUGCUGGCUACACUGGGGGCGCUGUGCUAUGCGGAGCUGGGCACCAUGAUCACGAAGUCUGGAGGGGAAUACCCGUACCUGAUGGAGGCCUUUGGGUCAGUGAUGGCCUACCUCUACUCAUGGAGCACAAUCAUGGUCUUAAAGCCCUCCUCCUUCGCCAUCAUCGCCCUAAGCUUCGCAGAGUACGCCUCCACGCCAUUCUACCCAGGAUGCACUCCUCCCAUUGUGGUCACCAAGUGCCUGGCUGCAGCGUGCAUAUUUCUGAUAGUGUUGGUGAACUGUCUCAGUGUGAAGCUAGCCAGCUAUGUCCAGAACUUCUUCACUGCAGCCAAGCUUCUCAUCAUCCUGGUCAUCAUAGUGGCGGGCAUCGUCCUCUUGGCACAAGGAAACACUGAGAAUCUGUCCAACCCAUUUGAAGGAGCCUCAACCUCCUUUGGAUCCAUUGGACUGGCGUUUUACAACGGGCUCUGGGCCUACGAUGGGUGGAAUCAGCUGAACUUUAUAACAGAGGAGCUGAAAAACCCAUACAGAAACCUUCCCCUGGCCAUUAUCAUUGGUAUUCCCUUGGUGUCUGUGUGCUAUGUGCUGGUCAACAUUGCCUACUUCAGUGCCAUGACCGCUACGGAACUACUGCAGUCUCCUGCUGUCGCUGUGACUUUUGGUGACAGAGUGCUGUACCCCCUGUCGUGGGUAGUCCCUGUGUUUGUCGUCUUCUCCACCUUCGGGGCGGCCAAUGGGAGCUGCUUCACUGCCGGCAGGCUGACCUAUGUGGCAGGAAGAGAGGGUCACAUGGUAAAGAUCUUGUCCUAUAUCAGUCUGAAACGUCUCACUCCUUCCCCCGCUGUCAUCUUCAAUGUAAGUCUGAGAUAUUACAACUCUAUCCAGCUCAUUGUACUGUAA